CUCAUCUGCAAAACAACCAGCAGCAGCAGCAGCAGCAGCAGCAAAAGCAAGACUCCUGCGCCGCCGACUACAAGAGGGUUAAAAGUGUAGAUUGGAUUUCACCCCGGGAAAUCUAGCACACGGAGUGAACUUGAAUCUUUGGCUAUUUAAGGAGGACUGGGGUUUGUUGUGAAGUUGUAGUGAUCCAGAGCAGAGCCCCGUCCUGAUUGAUUUCAUCUUCCUUGAGUCUCAGAUGACUGUAAAAUGAAUAGAUGAAAUUAUUCCUUUUUGAGGCUUUUCUUAGGGGCUCUCCGGGCAGCGUGUUCUCAAAGCGAAGUCAUGAUGUAUUCUCCAAUCUGUCUCACUCAGGAUGAAUUUCACCCGUUCAUUGAGGCACUUCUUCCACAUGUCCGUGCAAUUGCCUAUACUUGGUUCAAUCUUCAGGCUCGAAAACGCAAGUACUUUAAAAAACAUGAGAAACGAAUGUCAAAGGAUGAGGAAAGAGCAGUCAAGGAUGAGCUACUUAGUGAAAAGCCUGAAAUUAAACAGAAGUGGGCAUCCAGGCUCCUGGCCAAGCUGCGCAAAGAUAUUCGCCAAGAGUUCCGGGAGGAUUUUGUGCUCACAGUUACUGGGAAGAAGCAUCCAUGCUGUGUAUUGUCCAAUCCUGACCAGAAGGGCAAGAUUAGGAGAAUCGAUUGCCUGCGACAGGCUGACAAAGUCUGGCGUCUGGAUCUAGUCAUGGUGAUCCUGUUCAAAGGCAUCCCCUUGGAAAGUACGGAUGGAGAGCGUCUCAUGAAAUCCCCACAUUGCACAAAUCCAGCACUUUGCGUCCAGCCACAUCACAUAACAGUAUCAGUCAAGGAGCUUGAUUUGUUUUUGGCAUACUACGUGCAGGAGCAAGAUUCUGGACAACCAGGAAGUCCAAGCCACAAUGAUCCUGCCAAGAAUCCACCAGUGUACCUUGAGGACAGUUUUGUGAAAUCCGGAGUAUUCAAUGUUUCAGAACUUGUGAGGGUGUCAAGAACACCCAUAACCCAAGGAAGUGGAGUGAACUUCCCAAUUGGAGAGCUUCCGAGCCAGCCAUAUUACCAUGAUAUGAAUUCGGGUGUAAAUCUACAGAGGUCCUUGUCCUCACCACCAAGCAGCAAAAGACCCAAAACUAUCUCCAUAGAUGAAAAUAUGGAGCCAAGCCCCACAGGAGACUUCUAUCCUUCUCCGAAUUCACCAGCUGCAGGAAGUAGGACAUGGCAUGAAAGAGAUCAAGAUAUGUCUUCUCCUACAAUGAAGAAACCUGAAAAGCCCUUGUUUAGUCCUACUUCUCCCCAGGAUUCUUCAUCAAGACUGAGCACUUUUCCCCAGCAUCACCACCCAGGAAUCCCAGGAGUUGCACACAGUGUCAUCUCAACUAGAACUCCACCUCCACCUUCACCAUUGCCAUUUCCAGCACAAGCUAUUCUCCCUCCUGCCCCAUCUAGCUACUUCUCUCAUCCAACGAUCAGAUAUCCCCCCCACCUGAAUCCUCAGGAUACUCUGAAGAACUAUGUACCUUCUUACGACCCGUCCAGCCCGCAGACCAGCCAGCCUAACAGCAGUGGUCAAGUAGUAGGGAAAGUGCCUGGCCAUUUUACUCCAGUUUUGGCACCCUCUCCCCAUCACAGUGCGGUGCGACCUGUGACCCUGACCAUGACAGAUACUAAACCCAUCACUACAUCCACUGAAGGUGAGGCAUCUUCACCUACAGCAACCACCUACACAGCCUCAGGCACAUCCCAAGCCAAUCGAUAUGUGGGACUAAGCCCAAGAGACCCAUCCUUCCUACACCAGCAACAGCUGAGAAUUUGUGACUGGACCAUGAAUCAAAACGGCAGGCAUUUAUACCCCAGUGCCAGUGAGGAUACAUUGGGAAUUACUUGGCAAAGUCCUGGUACCUGGGCUAGCUUGGUUCCUUUCCAAGUAUCAAAUAGGACACCGAUCCUGCCGACAAAUGUCCCAAAUUAUGGUUUGAACAUAAUUGGAGAGCCUUUCCUUCAAGCAGAAACAAGCAACUGAGGGAAAAAAAUUAAAGCAAAAUUAAAAAAAAGAAAAAAAAAAAAAACAAAGAAAAAGAAAAGAAGACAGUAUGAGAAAAGAACGUGAAGAAAGAAGAACAAAAAUAGACCAGCAAUUGCAGCUCUUACAAUCACUAAUUCUCUUAUGGUUGAAACUGAAAUGAUAUACAAAGGGUCGAUGAUAUUUCACUGAUGAGUAGAAUGCAGCUCCUCCUAAGUAGCCUUUGUUAUAUGAAGUCCGCUGGGAAAUAGAUGUUCUGUCUCUGACAAUAUAUUUUAACUGACUUUCUAGAUGCCUUAAUAUUUGCAUGAUAAGCUAGUUCUGUUGGUUUAGUAUUCUUGUUGUUUACGCAUGAGAUCACUAUUCCUGGUUAUCUCACAAAACAAAGGCUAGGCAGCGACGGCUGAGCUGCAGGAGGACAAGGGCUGUGAGCCAACCAUUUUCUCAACAGUCUGAUUUCUAAAUGUUUUUAAAAUAAGCUCUGUAGCCUUUAGUUAUCAGUAUGGAUUUAUUAAACUUUGGCCCUUAAUUCAGCCUUUUUCUAGUGUGUUAUGCAGUUUGAAAUUUUCAAUCAGUAUGGACACACAGGCUCUAUGGAAGAAAUGCCUCUAUGCAGGUAAAAGUGUUAUCUUCUCAUGCAACAGUAAAAAAAGAAAAGGAAAAGAGUGACGUUUUCCCCAGUAAAGAAACACUUACAGAGGCAAGUGCAAUUUAAAAAGCAUAUCUAAGAGGUCAUCACUAUAAGUCCUUCAGCCCUUGGACUCUAAAUUGAGGGGAUUAAAAAUAAAAAUAAAAAAUUACUCUGAACAAACUUAUUUUUCCCCUCAGUUUUUGAGGGCAUUAAAAGGCAUUAGGUAAAGACAAAUCACAUCCUUGAGAAUAAGAAAUCAGUGGAAACACAGCACUUAUGUUGGUUUAGCUGCUGCCUCCACAGAGGGGUAGGAUUUAUUUAUUUAAAGUUACUUGUUGCAUCAAGAACCCAUAGGGUUUACAUGUUUCUGUAAAAUCUACAUCAUAGAGACAAAGACAUAGGCAAAUCCAUGUCACAAGGGCAAAGCUUACCGUUUACAAACUGGUAAUACCAGGAUGGGGAUAUGUUGUAUUUAAAUAAUGCACUCUUAAUGUAAGUCUAAUUACAGGGUGCUGUAAACUUGCAUGGUGCUUUCAGAAGUUAGCCUUGUUCAACAAUUUUCACAUAUUGACAGAAAUAUAACGUGCAUGGGCAGACAUUUUGCCUCUAUGUCUCUUUAAAAAUUUAAAAUACUCUUUCCAGUAAUCCUAAUUUGCACGAAGAUAUAAUGUCCACAUUACGUGCCUUGCCUUGAAAUCUAAAAAAUGGAAAAAAAGUAAAAAAGAAAAAAAAACUACAAAAAUUGACAUCACUACACUUGUUUUGCUGCAUUUAUUAUAAUUUUAAAUCUUUACCAUUUUUAUGACAAAAUAUUUUGUACUCCAGAUGCGAAAAAUGUGUGACAUCAUGGAUUUUUUAGACAGUUAUACCUUUAUCUCACAUUUAUAGAGCAUAUCAUGGCUGUGUAUAGUUGCCGCUUAAGAAUUGUAAUCGACCAGCAAUAUUUUCAGUAUUUUGGUGUUUUUUCUAUUAACCUUUCAUGUUUUUCAUCUUCCAAUUAAUAUUGGGGGGAGGGGAUACAAAUUUAUACGAAUUAUGCAAUACCAAGUUUUGCCUAUGUAGGUAGUGCUUUUAGCUGUAUUGGUUAUUAUAGGUAAGUACACAGAUUUAAAAAAAAAAAUAAUGUAUGCUUUUUUUGUUUGUUUUAAUUGACCAAAGUGGGUACUGCUAUUUUUGCAGUGUGAUGAGGUCCUUUUCUGUACUGAGAGGUGGACAGGGGAUUUUUUUUUAUACAUACAUAUAUAUAUAUUCUGGGGUGGGGGGGAGGAUUUUUAACACUUUACAGUGUAGCUGUGAAGCAGUGCACCCUUAGCCAGGCAAGGGCUGUAAAGCAACUGUUCUGCCUACUGUGACAAACUUUCAAAUAGGUUCCCUCUUUUUAACUUCCCACCUGGGGUGCAAGCUGAAAUCAUUUCUGGAUUUAAAAAAUAGAUAAUGAAUUCUGUUGGAGGCAGACUUGACUUGAGGAAAUUGUUUUACUUCACGGUUUUUUUCAUGAGAAAGACAGACAGACAGAGAAAGAGGUCAAGACCCACAGUGAGAUGAAGCCUUUUCCAUUCUGGCAAAGAUAAUGCAUCCUGAAGUGAUCAUGUUAGAAAAUGUUUUUAGCUCAGAAUGACUAAGACAUUUACUUUGUCUAGGAAAUGCAAGUACAGGGCCAAAAUCUUUGCUGGCAUAAUUCCACUGACUCCAGUGGACUCUGGAGCUGCUAGAAAAUUUGCCCCUCCUAUUCUGCUUGACAUUUUUCCUGUACAUAAUUUUUCAAUAUUCCACUCCCCUCUUGCCCCGCCAAGUUUCUUAAUUCAGCAUUUGAAUUACAAUUGUCAGCCUGGCUGGGCUGUGUCAGAAGUUUGCACUCUUCUCAUAGAGAUCUGAUGGAGACCUCUGGGGUGUAGUGGACAAGGAGUUUCUUUAUGCAAGGAAUUGGACCACGGUGGAAAUAAAAGUGUGUUUCCAGUAAAAUCCCAUUUUGCAGACCAGUAAUGGGCCUGUUGCUGGUGAUCUCUUACACUCAGCAAUGUAUGGCUCAACACAGGGUGAAGUUUUCUCUAAAGUACAGUCUUCUACUAGGGUGAAAGCAGAGGAGCUUAUAGUCAUGUGGAUGGGGAAAUCCAUCCCUUUGCAGCUGUCUCUGCAUUUUGGAGGUUUUCCUACCCUGGAGCAGUCCCAGAGGUGCAGCUCCAGCAGCAGCCACCCCAAUGAGCCCUGGUCAGGGUGUACCACCGUCAGUCCCUUCUGGCUCCAGCUGUGGUUGAGAGCAGUAGUGGUGCCACAUGUCUCCAGGAGGAGACAGUGUGUAGGCAGAGCUUGAAUGGCUACAGAGAUGGGAAAUGUAGGAAAAUAAACCUUUCAGAUUUAGCUAAACUGGAAAAAAAAAAAAAAAAAAGAAAAAGAAACAGAUAAGACACAGACACAAAAAGAAAUGUGGGGUUCUUUGGCUCUCUUUCAGAACCCUUCAGUAAGUCAAUUUAUUUGCUAAGCACACAGCAAAGUCUGCUAGACCCAAACACAGUGUGCCUCAGGCCCUGGCCCCAUAAAACAAAGUAGGUGUUGUCCUUUACACGUGUCAUGCUCCAGAGCAGUUUGGGAGCAGAGCUGUGCUGAGGGCAUAUCCUUGAUUAGUUCCAUUAAUAAGGUGUUCCAUGGAAGCUUUCAAUACCACAUUGGGACAAAACUGGAACAAGUUCAGGCUUCAGCAUGAAAUAUACAGAAUGAUAAUUGCCUUUUGUAGGAAAAAAAUGCCCUUAACAGAGCUUUAUUUUUUUUUAAAAUCUGGCCUCCUGUAUGAAAAAAUCUGAGCUUAAAGAUGCAAUUUUCUAGAGAUGUAAACUCCUUCUUUAAACUGGGUUAUUCAGCAGCUGUGGGUUUUUGUCACCUGCCUCUCUAAUAGAAAAGCCUGCUUGGAAGUUAAUGAACUUUUCAUUUACUGAAUGCUUGGUUUUAGUUUGGCUUUCUUGGUUGGUUUUUUUUUUAAGCUCAGCAGUCAAAAGAUUAUGAUAAGAUUGAGAACUCAAAUCCAGUCUCUGGCCUCCUCCUUCACCAGGAAGUGUAUUCUGACUAAAUUGAGCCACCCCGUUCUAUGUGCACUGUUCUGCCUUUAUUAAGUUGCUUUGCAGCCCUGGCCUCAUGGCUGUGCCACUGAAGUGUGUUUCCCCUGGAGUGACAUGAACGCUUGAGGCUUGACUAAGGAAAAAAAAAGGCAGUGAAGGAGACUGUACAUAAAGACAUGGCAAAAAUAUUAAUUAUAGCAAUAUAGUUGUGGGGUGAUGUUCAGGUGGGCAGCUCCAUUGAAAACAUGUGAAUGAGUUUGUGAAGCUGCAAGUAGCAAGAAGAAAGGAUGAUCUUCUGAAUAAACCGCCUACCUUGUAGACAGUAAUUUGUACACUGUAUAGUUUUGUUAAGAAUUUUUUUUUAAUUAAAAUACCCUUGUUUGUAAAGCUAACUUUUUAACAAUUAUAAUGGAAAUGCAUUUCCAUUUUUAAACAAGAAUAUUCUUUGUUUAGAAACUGGACUUGGGUUAAAACUCUCCAGUUUCUUAAUUUAUGUAUUAAAAAAAAAAAAUCUGUCCAUGUUAGGAGUUGUUUCGCAUAUUCCUGUGCUUGAAAAGCAUAGGUUACUAAUCCUUUAAAAAUGUAAAUGGAGAAAAUUAUAUUUUAUGAAGGUUAUUUUGUUGUAUUUAGUAUUGGAAAAGUUGGUUUUCAGAGCAUUUCAAAAUGUUGGAAGCACCACUGUCUUUUUUAUUAGUAUAUAUGGCCUUUAGCAAAAGUUUUUGUGAUUGUUACAUGAUGGUAUUUAAGAUUAGGUUCACAGAGCUAUUCAGGAUAGGCAGAGAGCUAAAACAGUACUUAAGUCUCACACAGCUGUGUCCUCAGGGAGCAGAAUUUUGGAUUUGCAACUUGUAGCUUCAUAAGGACUUAAUGAAAGAGAUUGCACAAAGACAUCUGUGACACCGGAGUGUGUUCUGUACCUAAACCUAAAUUAUAUAUACUGUGUGAGAUUAUGAAGGUUGCAGAAAGUUAUCCCAUAUUCAGUGUACAGUUUUCACUUUUAAUGAAAAAACUCUCUAAUGUUGCUGGCAGUAAGGCCCCAAGCAUGACAUCCUUUAUGGUUUACAUGAUCCUAUCAAGGUCUUUUGUUAACAUUAACCAGCUGUAUGCUCCUGGAUUUUUUUAUUGGGUUUCUAUAGAAAACUUUAGGGAAAAAAAAAAAGAGUAAAAUCCCAUGCCAGCUAAUAAAGUUAAACAGGAAAGGCUCAAACCUGAAUGUUCUUCUCCAUGCUGAAGGAGCCAAAAACCGCCUCCUUCCUAUUUGCACUUUCUGCUAGUUCCCCAGUUUUAUUAAUUCCUCAAAAUUGUGUGGGUGUGGUGGAGCACUGCAGUUGGAGGAUAACAUGGACCACUGAUUUUGCCCUUUAACCCUGCACAAUGACCUUUGCAUCAGCCAAACUUAUUGCCAUGACAACUCUUUGUACUGUUUCCAUGCCACAGCUCUGUUGGUCACGUUGUCAAUAGUAAAGGGGACAAGUUGGAGACGGUCAAUUUUUACAUUUUUUUUUGUUGCAAUUUUUUCUUCAAUGGUUGUAAGUAGUUGUUUGGUUUUUUUUUUUUUAUGAUAAAAGGGUUCACUAGUUAGUACUCUUUAGAAAUAUCUGUGUGUUGCAGUUCAGAUGUAUGUUGAAUUUGUGAAAAGGGCUUCAGUGCCACUAGCAUCAUGAAUAGAAUAAGCCUUUGAUACUUUCAUUGCAUGAUACCGUAGCAGUAAAACAAAAGGUGGCCUAAAUAAAUGGAGAGCAGUGUGAGCUAGUGACACUAAAGCCAGUCUUUGUAUUACUGUAUUUUUGACAGAAUGAUUUUGAAAACUGUGCUACAGGGACUGAUGUGGCAAAUGUAUCUCUAUAUGCAGAAGGAGGUUUUUUAAGAAGUAUGGCUUAUUAUGCAUUUUUCAUUGAGGGCAUUGAAGUUGCAUGGACUGAUAGAAGUUGAUGCAAAAUGAGAAAGAAACAAAAACCAGCAAAAUGUUUACCAAAAACUCAAACAAAUGAGCAGUGCCUGUUCAAUUUCACAGUCUCUGUUGAGUUCAGUUGUAAAUAUGUUUCAGAUGACAUUUUCUUCAAAAAUAAUCUCUACAACAUUGUAGAAUGUGAGGGGUUCCUCAAUCCCAGGCAUAGGCUUCUCAAGAGCUGCAUUAGAUUAUGUCUUCAUCAAGCUGUUAAUUUGUGCUUAUAUCAUAUAGAACUUUUAGUAAUCUGGGAAGAGGCACCCCAUCUCAAUGAUAUUUCUCUGAGAAAACUUUUGUAGGGCUGUGUGUUUCUUUAGAUACAUUUAGUACAACUGUAGGUGACAAGUAGUCAGUUAUUGCUUGCUAGCUACAUACCAGGGUUGAUCCAUUUUAAAACUUUUGGCAUUUUUUCCCAUACUGUAGGCCAUAAAUCCUGAAGGUUACAGUUUAAUUAAAAAGAAGGUGCGUGAAAAGUCUUUGUGUAAUGAACCUUCACUAGUAGGAUGCAUUACAGUACAGCUACUUAAUUUUGGAAUUGGAGCCCUCUGGCAUCAGACCUGAUUUUAGCCUGAGUGUUAACAAAGGUUUUUAUUGUGCCUGGUUGGAGGAUAAAGUGUUCUUUCUGGUACUUUUUUUUUUUUUUUAGGUUACAAAUGAACUCAACUGCCACAAGUUUUAAACUGGUGUAAAUCAAGCUUGACUUAAUGUGAUUGUUACUGUUAUAUCCAGCCUAUACUGCUAGCAGCUGCUCAUACUGCAGUCAAUUACUGGAAGCGGAUAUAUUUCCUAUGCAAAAACUGUUUAAACAAUAAAAAUGAGCUAUGCUACA